CGUCUGUGUCUUAACGGAUUUAUUCAACAGAGAGUGGCACGCCUGUUUGUCUGUGCAAGAAAAACAAGUGUUUGGUGAUUCUGUCUGCAUUUCAGUCUGAUAUCAGCAGACAGUGAGUGUGCUACACGUGAACAAGGCUGCGUGUUUCUCAGCUUUCACUUCUGCUGCGUUGAGUCAAAAUGGAAGCACAGCAGCUCAAACGUGCUGCAGCUUCUUCCUGUACAGCAUCGUUUCAGACGGCCACAGUCAGCUGCUGAAAGCGAGCAUCGUCGGUAUUGUUGCAUCCCUGGUCUCCUCCUUCUUUUCUCCUUUCCCCUCCCUUCUCCCGUCUAUCAAUCCUCUUCUCGACACACGCACCCCGAUUUCCGCAUCGCCUCCUCCGGUAUAAUGACCAACGAUAGCCCGGAGGAGGAGACCCGAGCUCCGGGCGGCGGAGGAGGUGGUUGUGGAAGAGGAAUCGGUAGAAAACACCGAGCGGAUGACAAUGUGACGAUCCUGACAUCAUCCAUGGAUUUACACAGAGCCAGCCGGAGCCGAGCCAGCAGCAGCAACAAUGAUGCCGCCCCGAGCAUCACGUCCUCCGUGGAUCUGAGCACCUCCUCCCUGGAGCUGAGCAUCCAGACGCGGAUCUUUAAGAUCAUUGUCAUCGGGGACUCCAACGUGGGGAAGACCUGCCUCACCUUCCGCUUCACGGGGGGCAGCUUCCCCGAUAAGACCGAGGCCACCAUCGGCGUGGAUUUCAGGGAGAAGGUGGUGGAGAUCGAAGGGGAGACUAUCAAGGUGCAGGUAUGGGACACAGCAGGCCAGGAGCGCUUUCGUAAAUCCAUGGUGGAGCACUACUACCGUAAUGUCCAUGCUGUGGUCUUUGUAUACGAUGUUACCAAGAUGGCUUCCUUCCGCAACCUACAGACUUGGAUAGAGGAGUGCAAUGGUCAUCGGGUGUCUGCAUCAGUACCUCGAGUCUUGGUGGGGAACAAGUGUGACCUCGUGGACCAAAUACAGGUGCCCUCCAACAUGGCGCUGAAGUUCGCCGACGCCCACAACAUGCUGCUAUUCGAGACGUCGGCAAAGGACCCGAGAGAAAGCCAGAACGUCAACUCGAUCUUUAUGUCCUUGGCCUGCCGUCUGAAGGCUCAGAAGUCCCUGCUCUACAGAGACGUGGAGAGAGAGGACGGGAGAGUGCGACUCACACAAGAGACUGAGACAAAGAGUAAUUGUCCUUGUUGAGGAAAAAGAGGAGCGGGUGGCAUAGCGGAAGGGAGGAGAGAAGAGUAUCUCUACAUUUGAAGAAGGAAGAGGAAAAGGGAUGAUGGGCGAAAGACGAGAGUCAUUUAAAUUUGUAGUUUAGGAGAAGGAUGGAGGGGUGGGGGUGUUAAAGCUGAUACUAUGAGGUGGACGGUAGAGGGGCUUAAAGCUUGUGCAAAGGACUGAAAAAUCACCAACAUCCUGAGAGUGAUGCGUUUGUUAACAAUUCAGAAAUAAGAUGAAGCUGCCUUUUCAACUACAGUAAAGUUUAGAAAUUCUUCCACUCAUUUGCACAUAUAUACACAAUCUGAGUGAAAUCUAGUUUCUUAUGACGUCAGCGACACAGAGUCUCCACGCAAAGCUUACCCUGAAACCAGCCGUAGCUCGAUGUUUUCCAAGGCCAUUAUUAACCGCAGCAGCUUAUUUUACCGGCUGUUUUUUGCUGUCAGAGCUUAAUAUUUGUCGCAUUUCACCCUUGUUGUGAUUGCACCAUUUCUACCACCUUAAAAGCUAAACAGCUGGCUCUAAAUUAGUUUUAAUGACCCGCUGAGGCAAAAACAGCAAAGAUGUUUUAAGGAUUUAAAAAAGCAUUUAACAGAUUCUUUUUUUUCUGAGAAAUAUUAGACUUUUAUUGUCUCCCCCCCCCCCUCCUUCCAUUUAUGUUGCCUGAUAUCAGCCUAUCACAAGCCCUCAAAUGAAGGACUUAAAAUCAUUGUGAGAUUUAAAUGAAUGGAGAAGAUGACAGAUUGCAGGAUCUACAGAGGAAGACCUUGACGAGAAGGUUUCCUGCAAACGGGCCAUUUAUAGGUUGCCGGAGAGCAUGUCAGCUAUUGAUUUAGAAGCUGUGAGAUCCUUUUACCCUUAUGCAGGUGAAAGGCACUCUCCUACAAAGGGGAGGCAAGGCUCUUGUUUCUCAUCCACUCCUCAUGUAAAUGUAUCUUCUCCAUGUUGUCCCAGUGGCCUAAGCCAGCUUUGCCACUGGAUGUAAAUUCAAAAACAUCAAGUCUUUAAAAUAGCUGCCCGACUCUCUCCUGUUAUGCAGCAUCAAUGUUCUAAUAGGUAGUUUUCAAGCUAGAGGCCUUCUAGCUGCCUUAGAUGAAGCUUCACUGCCUCCAGUCUCUGAAAAUGCAGGAGAGAAAACUGUGAACCCUGUGUAGGUGACGGAGAGGCCUUUGUGCUGCUGAACCCUUAAGCCUGGAUUAUUCGAGUCACUGGUGAAACUGGCAGCAUGAGACACUGUAGAAAGCCAUAUUUAAUAUUUCCUGCACACAGAGAGGCAGCUUGCUUUGCACUGAGGAAGCUCCCAUGUAGGCUGUGGGUGAAGGAACACACUGUACAUAAAUCAGUGUUUAAGCAAUGAAGCCUCUGUGUCACAAGAAACCAUCCAACAUCCCGACUGUGGUGUAUGUCAGUUUGAUAUAGUAGCACACUUAGCAUAUUUUACCACUGUAGCCUACUCUUGUGUGAUUCUAUUAAUGUAUCUGGAUGCCAUAUGUAGAAGAAUCAGAUCAGCGAGCAUUUAAGAGCGGCGUUCCCUCCAAGCUGACAGUCUGAUGUCCUGAUUAAAUUAUUCACAGGCUGAAUCUGAACACUGUGCAAAUCCAGAGGGCUUCUGCCUGAGGUGUGCCAUGGUUUGGCGAUCUUUCAUACAGGUUUACGAACGGUGCAAAAGUCUUCAGCCACAAAUAGUUAUGAAAUAGUCCUAGUCAUUUCAUAGCAAUAAAAUGGUAUUUUUCCGCCACAAGGUGAUUCUUAAAGUGCUAUUUCGGCAUGGUGUGCAGUCUGCCCUUAAAAAAAUAUGAGGCAAAUGGACGAAUGGAGGCAGGUCUUAAAAGCUCUACUGCAGAUAUCUGAAAGUCAUUUCCUUAAGAAAUAGGCAAAAUCAACCAAAGACCCGACACAGGAUUUUCAGUUGAUCCACCGACUGUUUGCCAAAGCCUCAUCAGAAAUGGUUUCAGUGGAAAGGCAGAUGUCAAGAAGCUUCCUAAAGAAAGGAAACAGGGACUAAAAUGUGCCAAAUUACACAAAAGCUGUGAUAAAAAUCAGUAGAGACAGGUCUUAUUGACCGAUGAAUCCAAAUGUAACAUUUUUGGUGUAACUCAUUGUCAGCAGGCACAGCGGAGGCCAGGAGAAAUGGGCCCACUGUGCAAUACCAUCUGGAAAGCUCUGCUUGGCAAUUUCAUUUUUGAGCAUGACAAUGAUCCAAAACACACUAUCAAUGCCAUAAAAUUAGAAAUUAGAAUUGAUUAGAAAAACACACAUUCGUGGAUUGGCCUCCCAAGAGCCCAGACUUCAACCUUCCUGAAGCAGUGUGGGAUCAUCUUAGUUAAUGUAUUUCUGUGUAUGUGUGCACCUUUCAAAUUGCUACACCCAUUUUCCAUUUUCCUACCAAAAUAUAAAGAAAUGAGGGCCGGCUCGAGACUUUUGCACAGUUCUAACAGCAGGAUCGAACAGAACAGUGAAUCAAAUGACAUUACUGUAAAAUAUCAGGAAGAGCUCUGUUCAUUCUCCUUAUAUGGGCUAAUCUGUGACUUCUUUUGUUUGUUUGUUUAUUUGUUUUUAAUCUCCAUAAAUGGCAUCCACAGGUGCGCCUCAACCACAGCUGGGGAAACCACUACGUUCAGGACUGAUGGAGCGGUAUCCCAGGACAUAAAAUGUAAAAGGAAUUGUUCAUCCUUUAAAUUUUAAUACAUUAACAUCAACAGCUUUGUCCAUCAGUGGGUUAUUGUAAGAAUGCUAAUUUAGUCAGUGUCAUACAAGUGGGAUGACUGAACAAGACUAAUGAGCAGAAAAACACUGUGGAAAAAAGAAAAAUGUGUCUGCAUUUCUGUUAGCAGAUUUGAAUAAAGCGGCAACUAACAUGGUUUCAAAUGAAUAGAAAAGAAAAUGAAGCUAUAGUUCAGUUGUUUUCACUGUCAUCAACCAAACAUAUAUAUCACUGUUUAUGAAAUUAUUCAGCAGUUUAUGUCAUUUACUAGAAAAUGUAACAUCGCUUAACAAAAGUUCAGUUUUAACCAUUUAAAACUGCAAAAUGUGCAUUUUUCCAGGUCGAAGAGUUGCAAAUAUAUGCUUGCCUUCUCUUUUCUCUAUAUCUCCAGUGUGUUUUCUAAUAUAUUUGUACUUUUUUGCAGUUGAUUUGUGUCAUUUUUAAUAACCCAUGUUUGCUCUUAAAGGGUUGCCUUGGCAUUUUGAUAUUUAGUCUGGUAUUAUUGUUUAUCUGCAAAACGUCUGUAUGUGGAAAAUAAUAAAUAUCAAAUACACUUUGAAGCAUAUAUCAUUCUAAGAACACACAAACGUCGAUGAGCAACUUGAACAAGCCAAAAUUAAACAAGUUAGACAUCACAGUUCAUUAUUUGAUUUACUGUUUUAAGUGAAUUAGGUUCUUUUUUUCUUUUUUUUUUAGAAAACAUGUUUUUGGUAUCUUUAAAUCCUUAAGCACGUGUAUUAGCUUUAGCAUUACAGUCAAUGUUCAGAUGAAUGUGGUCUUUCUUCGCUUAAGAAUUAAAGUAAAGUUAGCUGCAGUCCUACAGAGUAUCAGGAUAUUGGUUUUAUACAUUACCUACUUGCAGUGCUAACACAACUUAGCCCGUGGUAGCUUAAAUCAAAGCGCUAGUUUAUUUGCUAGCUUAUUUGCUAGCUAGCCAGCUCAUUAUUAGCUAAACUCUCACUAAUUUAAAGAACAUUUUAACGAUUUUUACUCUGUUAAAAAUGAUAACACCACAAUAUUUAGGAUGUCUCUGGUUUUAUACAAUAAUACAAAUUGUUAUUUCGCUUUAUUAUCUAAAACAGUGUUUGUCUUUGGUACUAUCUACAGCAGCAGUCCCCAACCUUUUUUUGGGCCGCGGACGGUUGUUUGACAAUAUUUUCACGGACCGGUCUUUAAGGUGUCACAGAUAAAUACAACAAAAUAAAACCAGUGCCGGUACCAAAAAAAAAGAAGCUUUAUUCAUAACACACGCAACAAGACCCAGGGAAACUGAGUUAACGAUAAUAAACGAUAAAAACCCUGAAAACCAUACAUUUCACACCCGAGCCUCAACUCUCGCGGCCGGGUAACAAACAACUCCGCUCCGUGGCCCGGGGGAUGGGAACUGCUGAUUUACAGCAUCUUUGAGUGACACAGGCUCGAAUCAGACCUGAGGACUCAAAUCCAUGUUUCUUCCAUCUGUUCUUCUGUCAUUCCACACAGUGUGGUGGCUGUAGCCUAUCCCAUUUGCAAUAGGGCAAGAGGAGAGGUACACCCUGGACAGGGCUAAUUCAAUUUCUUUACACCCACUGGAGCUCAGUGUAAGUUAACAGAAGUCAGCGUUCCUUGUUUGAUGACUCUUCAGACUGAUGGACGUUGCUGACAGGGAUUUGAACGCACUGCGCCCCAUUUAAUCAAUACUAUAAAGACUAAAACCCAGAAUACUGAAUCGCUCUUUUUGAAAAAGCCUGAAGAGUCGUGUUGGCUGAUUUUAUGGUAUUGUAAUUUUGUUAGAUCCUGUAAAUCUGUGGUGACUUUUGUUUUUGCCUGUCAGUUUACUCUGCUUUUGGACUGUGUGUGAUUCUCCUCUUCUGUACAUAUGUUUCAUAUGUAACACUGUUAUUGUUACAAUCUCACAAAGAAACUUACGAUAAAACUGCUGAAGAAGCA